CGAAGAUGUAAAACUAAAAGAUGGGAAUUUCUAGACUAAUUUUACAUUGUCGAAACUGUUUUUUACUAAGUCCUAUCACACUCUUUUUGUUUUUUGGAGAAUCACUGGGGGAGAUGAGUAUUGUUUUUAACACAACCUAUUCACCACCAAUAAAAAUCGCAGAGGAUUCUGAAAAGGUCUACAGUGUUCCACAAAAUCAGAUAAUUAAACGUCCCAUUGUUGCCACGUUGGAAAUAGAUGGUGUUAGAGUAACUGCAGAAAGACAUGGUGAAUUAGCCAGUCUACCAUUUACUGUAGAGUCAGUUGAUUUUGAUGUGUAUAGAAAAAUAAGUGGAUCUGUUGACCAGUGGAAAAAAGAUGGAGGUGUCUUAUGUCAGUGGAAAUAUGGAAGAGGGCCAGAGUCCGAUGAUUCAAAGUAUGUUUGUGGUGAGAAUGAAAGAACAACCACACUGACCAAAGAUCUGAGAGUAGACAAUGGUGCCUUGUCAUUGGAGGGUUUAUUUCACUAUCACUCCAGUAUCCACAACCUUCCAGCCAAACGUGUGUUUAAGAUCACAGUUACCUUGCCUAACUCCACCACUGUGGAAAAAGCCACAAAUCCUGUGCUGGUUGAAAUUCCUGCAUGGACCAUACAAUUUUCUGAAGAGUUUCCAUCCAAGGUUGUAGCAAACAAUUCCUUUAAUAUUUCACUAAAAAUAGUGGAUAUCAACAAAAACAUUGUGACGUCUGGUCUCGAUUCCACAGCAAUUGUAUCUCUCAAAAUAUCUUCGGAAUUCCAAACACAGGUGAAGAUGACUGGUCCGAGACUAAUUUCUGGGGAUGGUGGUGUCACCAUUGAAAAGAGAGCCUCCACGGGAGAAGUCACUUUCUCGAAUAUUAAGAUUCUCGAUGCUCAUCCUGUUUUGAAAUUCAUAGCCACUCUUAUGAAACCAGAAGACACGUGGGUUAAGUCUUUGAAUGCUUACGGACAAUUCCAUGAUGGUGUUCGAUGGUGGAAUCAAAUUUGCAGAUCCCGUUGUUGCUUUUUCACCAAAAUUCAAAGUCACAGAGGCAUUAAGGGGAAAGGUCAGCAUUGUUUUUGACCCAACACUCUCACCACCAGAAACAAUCCCAGAGGAUUCAGCAAAAUUCUACAGUGUUCCGCUAAAUCGGAUAAUUAGGCGACCAAUUG